CUUCAUCAAUCACACGGAGAGGAAGCGGAACUUGUUCUCUUCUGCAGCGCUGCUCUUGCUAACCGGCUAAUAGGAGCCUCUUGUUAAGGGGCGAUAAAUCCGCUGUUAAUAUUUUGUGACAUUUUACUUGAAUAAAAGAAUCAUCUGAUUGUAGGGCACUAACAAGCUGAUUGUUGAAAUGGGAGAUCCUACUUUUAAUCGAGACUGUCCUCUUGACUGCAAGGUUUAUGUGGGAAAUCUAGGAAACAAUGGGAAUAAGACGGAAUUAGAACGAGCUUUUGGGUAUUAUGGCCCUUUAAGAAGUGUUUGGGUGGCCAGGAAUCCUCCAGGUUUUGCUUUUGUUGAGUUUGAAGAUCCUAGAGAUGCAUCUGAUGCUGUAAGAGAACUGGAUGGCAGGACCAUGUGUGGCUGUCGUGUGCGUGUUGAGCUGUCGACUGGGGAAAAGCGGUCGAGGAGCCGCGGCCCUCCUCCAUCAUGGAGCAGACGUCCCCGAGAUGAUUUUAGGCGACGUAGUCCUCCAGUCAAACGCAGAUCACCGAGGAGGAGGAGCCUGAGCCGCAGUCGCAGCAGGUCUCUGUCAAGAGAUCGACGCAGAGAUCGGUCUCUGUCCAGAGACAAGAAUCGUAAACGUUCACGAUCCUUCUCCCGAUCAAGAAGUCGUUCCAGAUCUCACGAAAGGAAAUGAAGAUCCUGGGUUACUCUGCAAGAUCAUAUAAAGGUUGCGAAGAGGAAAGUUUUUAUAGUGCCACUUUCUUUCUUAGAUUUUGUUUGAGAGUUUUAAGCACCCUACGCGGGUCGCCCUUAUAUCCGUUAAAACAACAAUGGACGGGAUGGUCGUGGUAAAAUCUUUUUUGUUUUUUUUAGCUUUUUUUGUACAUGAAAUAGUUUGUCUUGUCCUGCAUGUUUUGAAACUGAAUACUGCCUUGAGUUUAACAGCAGACAUUUUUUUACUGUUUAUAAAUAAAUUCUUGUGAUGGUUUUGGGGUUUUUUUUUUUUUUUUUGCUUUAGUUUAUUCAUGAUUGUUUCUAUUUUCAUUGGGUCAUUGUGAGAUCCAGGGACUUAAGAUACCGGUGCUGUUAUUUGGAGGAUGUCCCUUAAACACGAUCUGUUCUGUAUUUUACCUACUAUAUAUCCUUUACAAAAUACUAUUUACUUGGAUUGGAUUGACUUGCAACUUUAACAAUGUGUGACAAUGCAGUUAAACAACUUGUUCAAUAAAUGUUUUUCCAAGCUGA